GAAAGGCGGGACGGCUGCGGCGCGCUCGGCAGGCUGGGGCGCGGGCAGAAACCGCUCCGAGUGAAACGCCGCGAACUGCGUUUGAUGGGCCUGCGCUGUCGGUUCGAGGGGGCGGCGAGAGCGGCGCUGGCGGGCGGCGUGCUGUGCCCUGCGUGCGGCGGGUCCGCCCGCCUGGUACGGUCGGGCUUCCCCCGUGAAGCGGGCGGCUGUAGGGUUCCCUGGAGACUGCUCCUGACUAUCAAACUUGAUCUGGCUUCCGUACGCAGUUUUGAAACACUUUUACUCUCGAGAAAUAAUGUGCCUGUUAGAAGAAAACACAGACAUAUUUUUCUGCGUUUUGAAGAUGCGAAGAAGGCUUUUCGUGACUUCGUACAGGCUACACGUGCACCACAACUAAAAGCUCUUCAGCAGUUUCCAGGGAUAGCUUGCAAUGGACCAAGACUCACACUGCACAGCAGAAAGGGAACUGUUGGAAGCUGUAAGCAGGAUUACUACAUUUUCUACCGCAAGUCCAUCUGAUGAAGAACAAAAUCAACCCAAAGCUGAAAUUUCAUGUCAAGUGAGAAAAGAAAACCCAGAAAAAGAUGACCUGCAAGAUUCCAACACAUCCCUAAGUCCCAACUCUUCGAUGACCACUAAGGAGCUUCAGGAAUACUGGAGGAAUGAAAAACGCCAGUGCAGACAAGUCAAACUCCUUUUUGAAAUCCCAUCAACCAGAAUUGUAGAGCACCACUUAUCAAAAUAUGUGAUGUAUAAAAUCAUCAUUUUGCAAACAGGGAGUUUUGACAGCAACAAGUCUGUAAUUGAACGGCGUUAUUCAGAUUUUGAGAAACUGCACAGAAAUCUGCUGGAGGAGUUUAGUGAAGAAAUGGAAGACGUGACCUUUCCCAAAAAAACUCUAACAGGGAACUUCACAGAAGAAAUAAUCAAUGAGAGAAAAUUAGCCUUCAAGGACUACCUGAGACUUCUAUAUUCUAUGAAAUAUAUCCGAAGAUCAAAAAAAUUUAUUGACUUUUUAACAAGGCCGGAGCUUCAGGAAGCAUAUGGCUGCCUGCGGGGUGGCCAAUACACCAAAGCUUUGGAAAUCCUUUUAGAAGUCAUUGGUCUGCAGGAAAGGCUGACGAGAGGCAACCCUGUCUCAAUUGUCCCUACUCUCUGUGCUAUCGUGGUGUGCCACAAGGACUUGGAAAACCCCGCAAGUGCCUUUGAAUAUGGAGAAAAAGCUCUAUCGUGCCUUUGUGUGCAUACCAGCCACAGGUAUUAUACUCCAUUGCUAGAAACAAUGAUCACUUUGGCAUAUGAACUUGGCAAGGAUUUUCUGUCUUUUCAAGAAAAACUGGAAGAAUGGAAGGCAAAAAAAGAUCCUGUACGGGUUUUUACCCUGAAAGAACUUGCAGUUCGGGAGUAUGUACAAUGAACACAAGAAACAAUUUCAUUAAAGAGAAAAGCUGUUAGCUCCUUUUCCCAAAGACAAGCUCUUGAAAGAGUAAGAACUGGAAAUUACCUGUUUGGCUAACAUAACUUUAUAUUAACAGAAAAAAAUUAAAUCAAAUAUCUUCCAUGUUCGAAAGGGACAUUAACAUUUAUGUUGGAAAAUAUUAUAUUUACUCUACAGAUACAAGGAGCACCUAAGCUUAUUAAGGUUUUUGGAAAGAAAUUUGCAACAAAAAAUCAUUUAUGAUUUGCUUACUUUGAACAUAGCAUAUUUUGUGUGAAAAGUCAGAAUAGGAAAAUACAAUGAAUAAAGCACUUAAGAAUCUGCA